CAUGAAAUAAUUUCCAUAAAGCAGUCAUGAUACGCCUACUUGCAUCACUUAGUUCAAAUCUUUUCGAGAAACCAGACACCACAGUAGGACAUCCACAAUAGAUUUGAUCCUGAGACUGCGACCACGGAAUAAAAACCCCCCCCGAGCAUUACGAUGUCUCUCACCAAAAUCACUAUUGCGACCAUCUCGCAAAACGUAAUGCAGAUACGACAAAACUGUGAGAAGAUUCUCGCAUCCUCAACCAAGAACGACGAACAAACACAAUUUGAACAUUAUCGCCAUCGUAUCCUCGCCAACGCCCGCGCCCUCCUCGGUUCCCAAAAGAGUCUCGAAGUCGUCACCAUCGGGGCUGAACGCGCCGGCAAAAUCGGCGUUGCGCUGGUCGAGUACACACCCGAUGGACGGUCUUUUGUUCAUUUUUACUUUCCUGGGCAAGUGUCGAGGUUGGAUUCUUUGAAUCAGUUGUUGGUGAUGACGGAGGAGAAGUUGACGCCGUGUUUUGAGAACCUGGCGGUUACGCAGGGUUGGAUUGAGCCCGGGGUAGGGACUGUUCAGAGGGCGUAGGACAGAAGGUGCAGAGUAUCAAUACUGCAUCUUCCCAUCUAACGUGCAAUA